UGUCACGCAAAUGUCAUCUGAUACAGAACUGUCAUAACACGAUGACCUAUUUCGAAUCUUGAACACCAAAUUACUUAUCCUGCAAUGUCUUACUGGGACUAUUGGGAAAGGGGUCCUCAAACAUGGUCCGAUAAAUAUCCUGCUGCUAAAGGCAAGCGUCAGAGCCCCAUAGAUAUACCGUCAAGUCUCGCCAAGGAGACCUUUACAAAAGAGAUUGAAUUCAAAUACCAUCUGGACAAGGUUAACCAGGUUAUCGAAAAUGUGGGAUAUUCCUGGAAAUUGUGCCUAGUAGGAGGUCGAGAACAUUUACAAAUGUGGGGUUAGUACGGUGGACCUUUGACCUCUCAAUACACUCUGGACCACAUCCAUUGCCACUGGGGCGAUAACACCGAGUCAACGAACGGAUCAGAACAUGCCGUUGAUGGAAAAAAAUACGACGCCGAAAUCCAUUUUUCCCACAUCAGCAACAAAUUCCGCAAGUUAUCAAAAGCGAUGGACGCUAAAGACGGCGUUUGCGUUGUGGCUGUCUUCCUGAAAGUUGGUAAGAAGGAAAAUCCUGAAAUAGCGAAAAUAAUAGCCGGAUUGAAGCAUUGCACGUUUAAAGGCAAACGGCACACGAUGGACAAUAAAGUUGAUAUUCUAAAGCUGAUACCUACGAGCAGUGAUUACUACUUUUACUAUGGAUCACUUGCUAGACCUCCUUGUAUAGAAUGCACGGUGUGGAUCGUGUACCAGGACCCCAUUGAGAUAUCUCAUGGACAGUUAGAUGCUUUCAAUGAGCUGCAGAAUCAUCGACCGCACCAUGAAGGAGUCAAAAUUUGCAACAAUUAUAGGCCGCUGUGUCCUGUCGGGAGUAGGAAAAUUCUGUUUGUUAAGGUUCCUAAAAAAGGAUGUGCAUGUUAAACAAUAAAGUCAGACAGUAUGA